AUGCCGGGAAUAAUAACAAAUGAUAGUAUACAACAAAUGGUAGAUGAAAAACCGAAAUUACCUGAACAAAUUGAUUUAGAAGAAGCUGAAACAGCAUUAGCUGGAAAAGAUUACAAAUUGGCUCGAGAAUUACUUGAAAAAUUAGUUAAACUUGAAGUUAUUGUUGAUAAUGAAGAUUCAGUACGAAUUAAAGAAACAGCUGUACUUACUCUUGGAAGACUUUAUAAAGAAACAAAAGAUGCAAAAGCAUUAGCAUCUCUAAUUAAAACAACACGUCCAUUUCUUGGUCUUGUAAGCAAAGCUAAAGCAGCUAAACUUGUACGAACUCUUGUUGAUCUAUUUCUUGAUAUGGAAGCUGGUACUGGUGAAGAAGUUUCAUUGUGCCAAGAAAAUAUUGAAUGGGCUAAAAGUGAAAAUCGAACAUUUCUUCGACAAGAUCUUGAAGCACGUCUUGUUGCUUUAUAUUAUGACACACAUCGAUAUAAUGAAGCACUUACACUUGGUUCACAAUUACUUAAAGAAUUAAAAAAACUUGAUGAUAAACAAUUACUUGUUGAAGUUCAAUUAUUUGAAAGUAAAACAUAUUUUGCUUUAAGUAAUUUACAAAAAGCAAGAGCUGCAUUAACAUCAGCAAGAACAACAGCUAAUGGAAUUUAUACACCACCAAAACUUCAAGCAAGUCUUGAUUUACAAUCAGGAAUUCUUCAUGCUGCUGAAGAUAAAGAUUUUAAAACAGCAUUUUCAUAUUUUUAUGAAGCAUUUGAAGGUUAUGAUCAAAUCAAUAGUAAUAAGGGUAUUGUUGCACUUAAAUAUAUGUUAUUAUCAAAAGUUAUGAUGAAUACACCGGAUGAUGUUAAUGCACUUAUGUCAGUUAAAUUAGCACUUAAAUAUAGUGGUCGCGAUGUUGAAGCAAUGAAAGCGGUUGCACAAGCAAGUAAAAAAAGAUCAUUAGCUGAUUUUCAACAGGCAUUAAAAGAUUAUAAAACUGAAUUAUCUGAUGAUCCAAUGGUUCAUUCACAUUUAGGUACAUUAUAUGAUAAUUUACUUGAACAAAAUCUUUGUCGUCUUCUUGAACCAUUUUCUAAUGUUCAAAUAGAACAUAUUGCACAUUUGAUUAAUUUACCUCAAGAUGUUGUCGAGAAAAAACUCUCUCAAAUGAUUUUAGAUAAGAAAUUUAUUGGUAUUCUUGAUCAAGGUUCAUCGAAUAUAGUUAUUUUUGAUGAGACACCAUCGGAUACACAAUAUCAAGAUGCUUUAGUAAUCAUUCAAAAUAUGUCCAAAGUGGUUGAUACUCUUUUUAAAGCUCUAGAUCUUUUCGAUCAAAAAUUUGAAAUAUGUACAGAUUUUACUAUUGCUUUGGCAAUAAAAGCAUGUACUAUAUUAAAUGAUUACAAGCGUGGUAUAAAUAUUCAACAAAAGCUGUCAUCAAAUUCAUUUAAUAAUUCUUAUAUUCAAACAUCAUUAAUUCACUUGCAUAUACAAUGUCAUGUUAUUGAUAAUGUAACUCGUCUAUUCUCUACAACUACAAACAAAUCUAAUUAUAUCUAUACACGUCUAAUCUCUAAUAACAUGCUGGAGAAAGUGUCUGAUUUCUUAGAUCACACGACAAUUGAACCUAACAAUUUUACUCUCACCAUUUUAUAUAAUACAUAUGUUCAACUUAACGCUGAUAGAGCAAUGAAGAUUAGAAGAAAACUUCUUGAUGAAACACCUAAUAAUUAUCGAAGCACUAGUAUCAUAUUAAAUUCAGCAAUACAUAUGUUAAUGAAAUUUGGUCAUGAUCAAUGUGCUGAACGUGUUUUUAGAUUUAUCAGGAAGAAAGAUAUUAUCCCUAGUAAUGCUAUGAUGAAAGGAUAUAUUGAAAAUGAAAUGUCUGAAAAAGCAUUGGAUUUAUUUGAACAGAUCAAUUUAAACUUAGAUAAUAUAACUUAUACUAUUGUUUUUAAUGUAUGUACUCAACUUACCGCUGAUCGAUCGAUGAAGAUAGGAAGAAAACUUCUUGGUGAAAUACCUAAUAACUAUCGAAGCACUAGUAUAAUAUUAACUUCAGCAAUACAUAUGUUAAUGAAAUUUGGUCAGAAUCAAUGUUCUGAACGUGUUUUUAGAUUUAUCAGGAAGAAAGAUAUUAUCCCUAGUAAUGCUAUGAUGAAAGGAUACAUCGAAAAUGAAAUGUCUGAAAAAGCAUUGGAUUUAUUUGAACAGAUCAAUUUAAACUUAGAAAAUAUAACUUAUACUAUUGUUUCUAAUACAUGUACUCAACUUACCCCUGACCAAGCAAUGAAGAUUGGAAAAAAACUUCUUGAUGAAAUGCCUGAUAAUUAUCAAAAUGACAAUAUUCUAUUAACCUCGACAACACAUAUGUUAAUUAAAUUUGAUGAUAUUCAAAGUGCUGAAUGUGUUGUUAAAUUAAUAAGAAACAAAGAUAUAAUUACUUAUACUGCUCUAAUGAAUGACUACAAUGUGAAUGAUGAACCAUGGAAAUGUUUGAAGAUUUUUGAAGGAAUGAAACAACAAGAUAUUGUUCUGGAUGAGAUCAUAGGGAAUGUAUUUAUUGAUGCAUGUUUACAAAUCGGUAUGAUUCGGCGAAGUCAGUAUAUUAUUGAUCAAAUUCCUUUACAUAUUCAAAAUCAAAUACAAAUCUUAUUAAUUGAUAUGUGGAGAAGAUGUAGUUCUGUUAAAAACGUACAAAAUGUAUAUAAAUCAGUUUAUGAUCGUGGUAUAAUGUCAUACAAUGCAAUGAUAAAUGGAUUUGGAUUUAAUGAAAUGAAUUCUGAAGCUAUUGAAUUAUAUAGACAAAUGCCGAACAAUCAAUGUGAUGAAGUUUCAUCUGUUUAUAUUUUAAAUACAUGUUCACAUUCGGAUCUUCUUCAUGAACUUCGGAAUAUCUUCAAUGAAAUUCCUGUCAAAACAGAAAAAAUCGUUACUAUUAUGAUUGAUUGUUUAAGUCGUUUGUUAUUAUUUGAUGAAGCACUACAGUUGAUAGAUGAAUAUGAAACGAUAAACUUACCAAAUUUUGUCAUGUAUAUAUGUUUAUUAUCUGGUACAUGUAAUAAUCAUCUUCUAUCAGAUACAAUUCUUCUUGCGAACAUAUAUUCUCCUGUUGGUGAACAUCAGCUAGCAAAAAACUCACGAUCUAAUCAAAUAAAAGAAUUACCAACGAAAGUCAACGUAGAACUGUCAUGGACUGAUGUAAAUGGUGAAGCAAUGCAGUUCAAAGUUCAUGAUCGUUGUUAUCCUUUACCAUCAGAAAUCUAUAUUGAAGCUGAUCUUCUAACAUCUGAAUUAAUUAAAUACGGUUAUAAGUUUGAUUCUUCUUGGAUGACUGGUGAAUUACAUCAAGUAGUAACUAUUGAAUCUGUUUUAUAUGGUCUUGAAAAAUUAGCAAGAGCUUGUAAUUUCAUUCAACGACCUACUUUCGAAAUUAUUCAAUGUACUAAAAGUUUCCAUGCCUAUAGUGAUUGUUAAGUAAUUAAACAAACCAUUCCUCAAGCUAAAUUUUAA